GGUAGGGUCUAUAAUCACGUGACAUUCUUCCAACCCUGGGACGCCAUUUUGGAGGAAAGUUUGGAAUUUCUGACACAUAGGAAGGAAAAAAAAGAGGAGGAGAUAACGAAAGAAGUUUGACGUUUAGGAAAACAAUCCUCAUUGCACCGAAGGCAAAGAAGAAUGUAGCAAACUGUGGACGUGAGGAUUUGAAUCGCUUGUGUUCACACUGAGCCCUUGCAAGCGCACGGCAGGGAGGUGUAUAUUUGCAGUUUGGGGAGUUUUUGGAAGCCCUCCUGCAACUGGCGGCGACAUAUGUUCAGUUUCCCCCCCGCAGACGCGGAGCAGAUUGGCGGUGGAGGCUGAGUCGUAGCGUCUGUGUGUCUUUUGAAUGGAAGCGCAGGGCUGUCAGUAGAGUAAAGCUCAAUUCUGUGGUGUCGUGCGACUGUCAGGUCGAAGAAGUGCAGCUCUCGCUCUACUCUAAAACCCAACGGCUCAUUUUCAUAUCAGCCUGAACCAUCCCCAUGUUUACCGGAUAAACAUUUGAGUUUCAUGCCAACUGCGUCUGACUUGCUCCUCUUAGACACUCUGGACGGACUCGUGUUGGGUGAGGAGCGUUUUAAUAUCGCGUGUAGCCUAUUGUUAAUUUCGGUCGCGAGCUCUGCUGGAUUUGUUAUCGUGCAAGAGCCCAAGCGAAACAUGCCAGUAAGGAAAAAAGAUGCACAGAGGGCUCUUUUACUGCUGGAGGAAUACCGGUCAAAACUCAGUAACACUGAAGACAGACAGCUGAGAAUCUCCAUCCAGAGAGUCAUUGACAUCUUCCAGAGUAACCUCUUCCAAGCGCUUAUAGAUAUCCAGGAAUUUUAUGAAGUGACCUUAUUGGAAAAUCAGAGUGGGGAAUCGGUGAAAGUGCCCGAUGCAAUACACCCAGUGAACCUGUGGGAUUUCUCCAGCUUUCAAAGCACAACGGUGACUUCAGGCACCCUGCCCAGCCUUAGCACCAGCAUAGAGGACUCUCCCCUCCUAAAUGAAAUCCUUCAUGUGCUCGCUAAAGCGAAAUCCUCCCCCAGUGAGCUGGACCAAAAGUACAGACACCAUGAUGAAGACACAGGAUCUCCACAGGAGCAGAGCUCGCCCCAGUUCACUGAUGAGGCUCCUGGGCCAGAGCUGGUUCAAGUGGCUGAGAAGAACAUCUCCCAGAUUGAGAACGUCCACGGUUAUGUGGCACAUGCACAUAUCUCCCCAAUGAAGGUUGAGUCGCUGGAAUGCAUCUUCGAUGGGCCAUCCACUGUAGUGAACGAGGAGAGUCCUCCGACUCCUACUACUCCUCUCUCCAACCCGUACCCUCAAAGUCCUGUGACCGUCCAGGGUGUGGAGGCAGAGCCUGGUGACAAAAUGAGUCAACUCAUCCGGCACCUGUGGCACAUCUACGAAACUGUUGUAUGGAAGAGGUAUCUUCUGAGUGCCACUGUUAAAGGGGAAGUCGAGGCAGCAGCACCAGUUCGGCCCAUGGUGGCUCAUCUGGACCUAAGCUCAGACAGUGGUCCAUACGUAGUUCCUCUGAGGAGACUGCAAAACAGACGCCGUCCCGUUGGCGCCGUGUUCUCGCUACCUUCACCCGGCUCAAUACCUUCACUGAUUGCAUCGUAUCAAGGACAAGUCAGUGACUUUGAACCAAAUGAGGCUCCACUUUGCAGCACUGAUGGUUGCAGCGGAGAAAGCACUGCACCAAAAUACAGCAGCCUUCUCACCAUCGACCUGGUUGUCCUAAAAUUCAACGCCGUCUCCUCACAUUUAGCUCACGUGCCGACCAUGACGACCUUCUACUCCGGCCAUGAGUAUGGAUGCCGGAGAGCAGACAGCUGUGAGAGGAAGAACGCCUCUCAUGUGCAGGUCAACCUCAGGCAGAACCCGCCGUCCACCUCCAUCCUCAAGCAAAAGCAUCUCCAGCAGAUGGUGACCCAGGAGGGCUCCAUCCACACUAUCUGCUACAACUCUUGCACCCUGCCAUUAAACAUAGGAAAGACCAGGACUAAGUUUCUCAAUCUACGUGACAGUGUGAAGAAGAGCCCCACUAUGAGCAUGGCCAAAGUGAACGGGCCGGGGGAGAGGUUUUCUCUUUGGCCCUCUGUGUCAUUUGAUAAGAUUAAUGGUACUGAGGCUGACUUUGAGUAUGAGGAGAUUACACUGGAAAGGGGGAAUUCAGGCCUGGGCUUCAGUAUCGCCGGUGGCACAGAUAACCCUCACAUUGGUGAAGACCCCAGCAUUUUCAUCACCAAAGUCAUUCCAGGGGGUGCUGCCGCUCAGGACGGGAGAUUGCGGGUGAAUGACGUGAUUCUGCGAGUGAAUGAGGUUGAUGUUCGGGAUGUGACUCACAGUAAGGCUGUGGAGGCAUUGAAGGAAGCGGGGUCACUGGUCAGACUGUAUGUUAGGAGGAGAAAGUCUGCAUCAGAGAAAGUCAUGGAGAUCAAGCUUAUCAAAGGACCCAAAGGUCUGGGUUUCAGUAUAGCAGGGGGUGUUGGGAAUCAGCACAUCCCAGGGGACAAUAGCAUCUACGUCACUAAGAUUAUUGAAGGUGGAGCUGCACAUAAAGAUGGGAGGCUGCAGAUAGGAGACAAACUUCUUGCUGUGAAUAGCUCCUGCCUGGAGGAAGUUGCCCAUGAGCAUGCCGUGACUGCCUUGAAAAAUACCCCAGACGUAGUCUACUUGAAAGUGGCUAAACCCAAUAGUGUCUUCAUGAAUGACAGUUUUGCCCCUCCAGACAUCACCAACUCCUAUUCGCAACACAUGGAAAACCAUAUCAGCCCUCCAAGCUAUCUGAGCCAGCCACUGCCUCCGGUGCAUUCCGGACGCUACUCCCCAACCCCGAAAACCACUGUGGGGGAUGAUGAUGUAACCAGGGAACCCAGGAAGGUGGUGUUGCAUCGAGGCUCUACAGGGCUUGGCUUUAACAUAGUGGGUGGAGAAGACGGAGAGGGCAUAUUUAUUUCCUUCAUCCUGGCCGGAGGCCCUGCAGACCUGUGUGGAGAAUUGAGGAAAGGAGACCGCUUGGUGUCUGUGAAUGGAAUAGACCUACGCGGUGCCACUCAUGAACAGGCCGCGGCAGCCCUGAAGAACGCCGGACAAACAGUCACCAUCGUUGCCCAGUACAGACCAGAGGAGUACAGCCGUUUUGAAGCCAAGAUCCAUGACCUAAGAGAGCAGAUGAUGAACAGCAGCAUCAGCUCAGGCUCAGGGUCCCUGAGGACCAGUCAGAAGAGAUCACUAUACGUCAAGGCACUGUUUGAUUAUGAUAAAACUAAGGAUUCUGGGCUGCCCAGCCAAGGCCUGAACUUCAAAUUUGGGGACAUACUGCACGUGGUGAAUGCUUCAGAUGAUGAGUGGUGGCAGGCACGGCAGGUCACUCCUCAAGGAGAGGUGGAAGAAAUGGGUGUUAUCCCCAGCAAGAGAAGAGUGGAGAAGAAGGAGAGAGCAAGGUUAAAGACAGUUAAAUUCAACUCCAAGUCGCGAGAAAAAGGGUCCCUCAAUGACAAGCGUAAAAAGAAUCUGUUUUCCCGCAAGUUCCCUUUCUACAAGAACAAGGAGGCGAGUGAGCAGGAAACAAGCGAUGUGGACCAGCAUGUCACCUCUAAUGCCAGUGAUAGUGAGAGUAGUUACCGUGGUCAAGAGGAAUAUGUGCUGUCUUAUGAGCCAGUCUGUCAGCAGGAAGUGAACUACUCACGACCAGUGAUUAUCUUGGGUCCGAUGAAAGACAGAGUAAACGAUGACCUGAUUUCGGAGUUCCCUGACAAAUUUGGUUCCUGUGUUCCUCAUACAACAAGGCCGAAGCGAGAUUAUGAGGUGGACGGGAGAGACUACCACUUUGUUGAGUCCAGAGAGCAGAUGGAGAGAGAUAUACAGGAGCACAAGUUCAUCGAGGCAGGCCAGUACAACAGUCACCUGUAUGGCACCAGUGUGCAGUCUGUCAGAGAGGUGGCGGAAAAGGGCAAACAUUGCAUUCUAGAUGUAUCAGGCAAUGCCAUAAAGAGACUGCAAGUUGCUGUGCUUUACCCCAUCGCUAUUUUCAUCAAACCAAAAUCAAUGGAGAACAUCAUGGAGAUGAAUAAAAGACUGACAGAGGAACAAGGCAGGAAGACAUACGACAGAGCCAUGAAGUUGGAACAGGAGUUCAUGGAGCACUUCACAGCUAUUGUUCAGGGGGACACUUUGGAAGAGAUCUACGAUCAAGUCAAGCAGAUAAUUGAGGAACAGUCUGGGCCAUACAUAUGGGUACAGUCCAAGGAGAAACUAUGAACGCCUUCAGGAGUUUAUCAUCCCCCUCUCUCUGCCUGGUUUAUUUAUUGAAUCUGUAUUUUUUUUUUCUUUUUGGUAAUCUCAGUUGGGCUUCUCCAGCUGACAGAAUUCACUCAACAGAUUAAUUCCUUAAUCCAGCAUACUUCAAUCUCUCUCUGUUCAGUCCUAUAUCUUCACCUCCUACUUCUAGUUCCUCAGUAGCUAUUUCAAGAGAAGAUGAUCUGUCCUCCUCAGAUCUUUACUGCUUCCAUGCUUACAGAAAGCAAAGCUAUGCCAGACCUGCAUCUGUUUACCAGGGGUUUGGAAACGGUACAGUUCCUUAAUGUUUAAGGGAGGUUACUUUGUAAGGACAAAGCCAGCGAUCUGGAUAUUCUGACAAGUCUCUUUUCAUUUUACCCAUUCUAUUGUUUUUUUUUUUUGUUGUUUUAUUUGUGAAAAUGGUAACAUGGAGCUCAAGUCUCAGGCAACGGAUUCGUUAAAAUGGUGAGAAACACACAAAAAAGCAAAACUUUGCACGUUGUAGCUUCUAAGACCAGGUGUUCUUCAGCCCUUCUUUCUCAGUGUUCAUUUCCACCAUAGUCCCGUAUGUUCCACACGUUAUUGAUUUUCUUCUUUUACCUCUCCCUUGACUGUUGUAUUGGCAUGCUUAUUGUUCUCCUCAUUCUGAUCGUCUUCGUUAUGGAGCCAUUGUGUUUAGAUGAUGUCCCGCUGCACAGGUGUGAGACGUGUGCCGCCACUGUUAGAAUGUCGGAGUCUACAAUCAGUGUCUUACACGGAGUAUGUGUUUUCAACACUUUGAUUUACAUUUAGGAAAGUCUGCCAUUUGUAAGGAACUGAUAUUUUUAAGAGGCAAUAAAAUGCCACCGCAUAUGUGGAAGAAAUUUAUUGUACAAUGAGAUCUUAACAGAUAUUUAACCCUCCAUAAACUGCCUAUUUUGUUAUAAUAAAAGUCUAUAUUGAGCUUUACUUAAGCACUAUUAUGAUGGGAGUUAUUUUCUUGACAUCGUAAAAUGUAUAUCAGAGCAAGAUAUUUAAAAAAA